CAUUUUUCCUGCAUCUGGGGAGCCUGCAAGGCUGCCCUUUGACCUUUGACAUCUGUGCAGCCCGAUAACCUGCUUUCCAUAUGAAGAACAGGAUGAGAAACUUCAGGUAUAAGCCAGCAGACUACCAACAGUUACACGCCUUAACCCAAGCCACCAAGUUAGCGUCUGCUUCUGCGGAGAAGAAGAUCAGAAAAGCCAUGGAGACUUCAAAGGCGGCUAAAGAGCAAAUGUUGGUCAAACAACACAAGCAGGUGUGGUGGCAGGAACUGGAGCGGCUGCAGGGAACCAGAUGUAAAUUGGAGUCGGAAAUAAAAUCUUGUCUCAAUGAAGAGAGCCUUGGAAAUGAAUGCUUUUGUGAGCUUAUGAAUUUUGAGAAAGAGCUGGCAGAACAAUGGUGCACAUAUCUUAAAGCUGUGAUCCACCCUAUCCAUCAGCUGAUAACACACCUGAAGAGACAGCGCCAAACUUCCCAGCAUGCACCCUGCCAUACUGGGUCUAAUUCAGCAAUGGUUCUGGAAGAGGUUGACUUUGUCAGGAAACAAUCCAAGGCUGUCUUUGAGAACCUUAACCAGGAGCAACAGGAACUAGAAAAAGACCUUUCGGCCUGGAGUGUGAAGUUACUAGAUUACUCUUCGGAAGAAAAAGCUAACCUGCUCAGCGAACACCCUACGGAGCUAGAAACUUUGGAGUGCCCGUACCCCGAUCUGAAAUCGUCAGUCCUUAAUGAGUUCUGGAACUUGACAGAGAAAUAUCAAAAGAAACUUGAAGACUUUGAUCUGCAAUUAGAAGACAUACGCAGAAACUUCCAGCUAAGUGAAGAAGAGCAGUGGAUUUACCAGGCUGUCUUACAUCAGUACCCUGGAAAUCUCCUUGGCAGAAGAACUCUGUACUUGGACAUGUUACAAAGAUACUUUCCUCACAAAUCUAGGCAUCUUUUGGUAGAACAUGAGAAAUACUGUGACCAGUAUCACUUUGCUGGAGAGCAGAGAAGAAUCCUGGUAGACAAUUGGACCAAAAGCAGGAAAGACUUCAUACAGAAAGCUCUGCUGACCCUCCUCGAGGCCUGUGCAGCCCAUGAGAUGGAGAGCACGCUGGCCAAGGACAGGAAACGGCAGCAGGAGCUGUGUGCUGAUCUGAAGGCCAAGGUUUCUCAAUGGCGAGCCCACCAGGAAGAGCUAGCGAGACUGGAAAUGGAAAUUUCCAGCAGAAGAAGAGAAAGGGAGGAGGAGAAAGAGAAACUUUGGAAAGAGAAGGAGCUGCUGCAGAGGGAGGAGACGAAGGCAAAGAUAAGGAAAUACUGGGCUGAGAAGCAGCAGAAGUGGCAAGACAUGGAAAUGAGAGAUCUCCAGCGACUAGAAGAACUGACAGCAUUCAUGGCUGAGCAGUCAGUGAAAGACAGAGAAAGGGUUAAAUAUAGACAAGAAUUACUGGAGAAGCGUUUGAUGGAGAGGAAAAAAGUGGCCCUUCAAGAAGCUCAGGAAGAGGAAGAGCGAGAGAGGCGGCUGGAAGCCCUUCGAAAACAGGUUGCUGUUGUUGUUCAGUCUGAUCCAGUUAGGAUGAUGUCAGACACAAUGGCAUGGAAAGCUAGGACGGGCCCUGAACGUGAAGAUGAAUUCAUCCUUCAGAAGCCUCUCUUCACACUGACUACGUACAACGAGCAGCAGAUAACUUCUGAUCCUAGACUUAGAUUUGAGCUAGCACUUCGUGAAGCUGGACUCCAUAAAACACAGUACGCCAAAGAGAUGCUACCAAAAAUCGGUCCUCUGAAGCCUCCAAGGAAGGACACAGAGUCGACUGUAUUCAAAACCUAGAGGGAACAUGUAAACAGUGUAUGGAUACAGAUAAUGUUGAUCACCACUUCUGGAUGCUUAGUAACCACCAGACAUAGAAAUCAUAGCAUUUAUUAAACAGCUUUGCCUUUUUUAACUUUCAAA